AUUAGCCAAACAGCCUCUCGUGUUUCCUCUCUUCUCUCUUAUCAUCUUCUUCAUUCUUUCUUCAACCGCAACUCCCCCUCCAUUGUUCUUCAUGGCUAGUGCAGGCUUCAUCAUUGGCAUCAUUGGUAACAUCAUUUCCUUCUUCGUUUUUACAUCUCCCAUAAAGACCUUUUGGGAGGUGGUGAAGAAGAAAUCGACAGAGGAUUAUGAAGCGUUCCCUUAUAUAAUAACACUACUGGGGACAAGUUUGUGGACUUUCUAUGGAAUUCUGAAACCUGGUGGUUUGCUUGUAGUGACUGUGAAUGGUAUAGGUGCCUUUUUCCAGUUCAUCUAUGUCACUCUCUUUCUCAUCUACGCUCCCAAGAACAAGAAGGUGAAGGCGGCGAAGCUGGUGGCGCUCUUAAAUGUUGGAUUUCUUGGGGCGGUGAUUACAGUAACUCUUCUAGCCAUGCAUGGAAAACUGCGGCUCACCUUUGUAGGACUCAUAUGCGUCGGAAUGACCACUAUUGUUUAUGGUUCACCUCUAUCGGUCAUGAAAACAGUGAUAAAGACGAAGAGCGUGGAAUUCAUGCCGUUUUUGCUUUCAUUUUCUCUCUUCCUAAACGCAGGAAUUUGGUUAAUUUAUGCAGCAGUCGUUAGAGACUUCUAUAUGACAGUGCCCAGUGUGCUAGGCGUUAUGUUGGGGAUAAUCCAGUUGAUCCUUUAUGCAAUGUACAAAAGCAAUGCAAAGUCAACCAUAUCAACGGAUGGGAUGCAAGAAAAAGGCUCAGACAACGUAGUCAAAGGAGACGUAGAGAUGCAAGUAUCCAAUAGCAACGGUGGUGAUUGCCAAUGCAACCGUAAUUAAAAAGCCUUCGAAUGGAUAAAUUACUUUGCAGAAGAUUCUGAGAACACCUUCUUUGAAUCAAAGAGUGAUAUUCAUUCAUCUUCCUUGAUUUACAAGGGAGCGAAUGAAAUAUUGUGCAGAGUGGGUAUUAUUUAAAGAAAAAAGAGAAGGAAGAGCCAAAUUAAUUAUGAUCUGUAUUUAUCAUAUAUUUAAGUUUAUAAUUAAUUAAUAAUACGUAUUAUUAGAGUGAAUUAAGUUGCAUGUACUUACCCAAAAAGUGCUUUUGAUUUGGUGAGUCCUCAUCAAUCAUAUAUUAUUGUACUUUUUCCCCCUAAAAUUGCUUUUCAUUUUGGAUUUGCUUU